AUGAGUGGCGCAUAUCCAGACGUAUCGCCGCCUUCGUACGAAGAUGUCAUGAAAGAAAAAUAUGGUUCAGUUCACCAGGGAGAAGCACAAAGUUGCAACCGAGAAAGUUACGCGCGGGUGCCACUCUUCUCCAGGCAAAUUACGGACCCGAGGCAGCUCGAGCAGCGCGCUUCCUUGCCCGUCCAGCAGUUCAUUCUCUCUCGCAGUACGAGCAAUUCUGCACAACCUCCAUGUCCAUCAACCAACGAGACACAAGACGAGGAAGGACCAAGUCAAAUUUGUUUAUUCUGUGCGCUGCUCUUUUGCCUUCCACUGGGCUUGUGUGCCGCGCCUCUUUAUAUCAUGGCACAGCGUUCGCACGAACGAAGGUCGCCCGACUACCCGAACCAGAAGUCAACGUUCUACUGCAUGGCGUAUUUCGCCAUUAUUCUAGGCGUUAUGAUCAUUCUACCGAGAAUCAUCGCUCACAUUCACGAUGCUGAUCCUUGA